AUGAUAUUGCGACAGUUGGGAACGACACAAUCCGUCACUUUUGUCUCACCACCAGAGGUGCAUCAGAGCAUACUAGAUGUCCGUCAGAAGAGUAUGUAUGAUAGUAUUGAUUCAUCAGAUGUACUUUUCUGGUUGAUGAAUCAGACAGGCAACAACAAUAGAGAAUUACAACCGCUGUAUCUCUCCCAAGGGUUUGACUUCUGCCACCGCAUGCAAGCUUCAAUCGACUAUAAGAAUUUCUUCACCGAUCCAGAUCAUAGGAAUGCGUACACGGAGCAAUUGAAUGACAUCACUUCUUUCGUAGACCAGCUACGGCAAAGCUAUGUUGAGUCCCAGGCUAUGGGCUCUAUUAAGGAUUCCGCAUUAGAGGAGGUUGAGCAGGAGCGGGAAGUCGCCUUUGAGAUCGAACAGGAAAGGGAGAUACAGCGGCCUGUGACUAUGAAAGCAUACCGGUACCCCGGACUGCAGAACUCCAUUAAAAACUUUGUGAUGAUCGGUCGGCUAAGGGGAAACGAAGGCUACGUGGAGGCGGCCACUGUCCUGGAGUCAACAGAUCUGGGGCGCAAACACGGCAUUGAUGCUUCGACGUUACUGCGUUCCUUGUAUGUUUCGACUGAGUUUACCAGGACGGUAGAAACAAAGGAACAGGCCAAGAGUAUUGAUAACUUUCUGCGUCCCGUGAGUUGGGUGCUUUGGAAUUCACAGACAAAUGUCGGGCUAGUGAUCAUUCCAGAGGAAGCCGAGGACCUCAUCCCCAUAAUACGUACAAUGCAAAGCUUGACAGUGCAUCUGAUUCUGUACGCGGCACCGUUCACAAAGCGAAUGGUCCACUUUGACACUCUCAAUUACUACGCUUUCCCGAGCCCUCCUAAAGGGUGGUCUCCACCACCAUGGCUUCCCUUCGAGUUGGGAAUUCUGGCAGGGCGACUAUAUUUCAAAUUCUCAGAAUACAAGUUUCUGUUGGAGCAGCUGCGACUCAACUUUCUGCAAGACUGGUUGACUCUCCGUCGACAGGGGCAGGACAUUUCACAUACUCCCAUGGGAUAUGUUUGCCAGGGUACUAGACUUCGCAGUGAUCAUCCAUGUUUCUUGGAUAGAAAAGCGGUAGAAGAGAUAGAAGGUGUCGAUCGCCGUCUAUUCUACAGCACAAGGUGCAACGCGAGUGAUGAAGUGGAGGUGUAUUACGAUAGUGACGACGAUGAUGCUGCUGCUACAGGUGUUGAUAUGAUGGAAGGAGGAGAAGAUGAUGUAUCAGAUGGAGAUGUUAAUAUGCAAGAGGAGGAUUAA